GGAAUUUCCAAUUAAUAAAAAAACUCAGAUUUUAAACUAAUAAACAAUGUUUGGCGGCUGCAAGGCUGUUCAUAUUGUCGGCAUUGACUCUGACUCUCAUCAACAUCAAAUUAUAAAAUCUCCAUUCCAUAUCUAAUCUAACAAAAAAGUCAGAGAGAAAUGGAAACGAUGCUUUUGAAUGCAGUUAACAAUGGAGAAGUUUCGACCCUUGAAGACUUAUUACAAGAAGACCCUCUUCUUCUCGACAGAGUCCUCGUCUCUUGCUUUACAGAGUCGCCGCUGCACGUGGCUUUGAUGCUGGGUCACCUCGACUUGGCCUGGGAGCUUCUUCGCCGCAAGCCGGAGAUGGCAUCCGAGCUGGACUCAACUGGGUCUUCGCCACUCCACCUGGCUGCGGCGAAAGGACACGUUGAAAUAGUGAAGGAACUUUUGGCGGUGGAUCCGGAGGCCUGGUCGGUCAGAAACCAAGAUGGGAGGACUCCCCUCCACGUGGCAGCCUUCAAGGGCCGAGUUAAGGUCCUUAGUGAGUUGGUCAGAGUCAUGCCUGAAUCGGUCCGAGCGUUGACUGAUAGGGGUGAGACCGCAAUGCACUUGUGCGUGGUGAAGAAUCGGUUGGAGGGGUUGAGGGUUUUGGUUGAAGGGAUUGGUAGGCAUAGUGAAAUAGUGAGUUGGAAGGAUUUUGAUGGGUUUACCGUUUUGCAUAUUGCUGUGGCCAGGAAGCAAUUUGAGAUCAUUAAAUUUUUGCUUUCCUCUACUGGAGUGGAUGUGAACGCACUAAACACAAACGGCUCUACGGCACUAGACAUUCUACUUCAGAGUCCUAGAGAUUUAAGGGAUAUUGAGAUUGAGGAUUCUCUUCGAGCUUACGGGGCUCGAAUAGCAAAAGAUAUUCCUUCAAUUGUGCAGAAUUGGAAAUCACCAAUAGAACGUCGGAUAACAAAAUCUUCAGCUUCAUCCAUUAACUUAAAAGGCCAAAGCUUCAACAAACAGCCUAUGAAGCAUAAGCACACUGAUUGGCUUGGUAGAAAGCGAAGUGCUUUAAUGGUGGUGGCAUCUCUUAUUGCCACCGUAGCUUUUCAAGCUUCAAUAACCCCACCAGGAGGCGUUUGGCAGGACACCUUGAGAGGAAGCAGUAACAGCACUGACUCAGAUAAACCUCACGAGGUUGGAAAAUCUAUCAUGGCAUCUAGCGAUGAUAGUGAGUAUGGCCUUUUCAUGAUCUUCAACACGCUAGCUUUCCUUUCUUCUUUAAGUAUAAUUCUCCUAAUCGUUAGUGGGUUGCCUAUAAAACGGCGAAGAUGGAUGUGGAUUCAGAUGGUCAUAAUGUGGAUAGCUAUCACUGCCCAAGUUGUGACUUACUUCAUUGCUCUUCGUCACAUGUCCCCCAAAAACGACAAUGUUCAGGGUAUGUUACGUAAAGUAACUGAGAUAUCAGUCCUAACAUGGCUGUCUCUAAUGAUGGUCGUUUUUAUUGGUAAUAUAAUUCGUAUGAAUCUUUGGAUACUCAGAAAGUACGGCUAUAUUAAGGAGAAGGAUAAUGCGGAUGCAGAUGAUUAUGAACUUGAAGAAGUGUGAUCUAUUGAUAUCUCAGAUUGUGUUGCUUAUUGCUAUGAAUAUGAAGCUGUUGGAUAGAUUUAUGUAUAUACUUGCGAUUUUGUUCUAAAAUUUAUACGAGAUAUUAAAGUUGUCCUUUUUUAGAGAUUUGUUGCUGACCAAGUUUUGUCAACUGUGGGAUGACAUGCCUGAAGUGCUUCUCUCCUGGGGUAUAGAAAAACUGAUGUUGGUAUGGGGCAAAUUAUUUUUCCCCAUUUGAAACCGUGAGCAAAGGUAAAUUACAGUAUUAAUCUCUUUGUUACUUGUAUAAUGUAGACCAAAUCAAUGCAUUGUAUGAUUCAACUGUAAACCAUUUGGAAUGGAAUAAGAAAUAGAAAGAAAGAGACCCUUUAUCCAUUUGUUUACAAUGGGUGUCGUUUUCAUUUGUAGUACCUAAGUAGUUGACUUUUUGGUUCUCCUAUUAGAUGUAAGCCAAGCAUUAUUGAAUAUUUGAUUGCUUCAUAAACAAAACUUA